AUGCCGGACAGAGUGUUGACACCGCCGACGAGGACCCCCCCAAUGAAUGAUGACGAUGAUGAUGAUGAUGAUGAUGAUGAUGAUGAUGAUGAUGAUGAUGAUGAUGAUGAUGAUGAUGAUGAUGAUGAUGAUGAUGAUGAUGAUGAUGAUGAUGAUGAUGAUGAUGAUGAUGAUGAUGAUGAUGAUGAUGAUGAUGAUGAUGAUGAUGAUGAUGAUGAUGAUGAUGAUGAUGAUGAUGAUGAUGAUGAUGAUGAUGAUGAUGAUGAUGAUGAUGAUGAUGAUGAUGAUGAUGAUGAUGAUGAUGAUGAUGAUGAUGAUGAUGAUGAUGAUGAUGAUGAUGAUGAUGAUGAUGAUGAUGAUGAUGAUGAUGAUGAUGAUGAUGAUGAUGAUGAUGAUGAUGAUGAUGGGAAUGAUGGUGAUUACGACAACGCAGCCCGGACCCGGGAGGGACUGGUUUAUUUGGGAGGAACAGGAUGA